GUUCUCUGCACUUCCUGUUAAAUUAUGCUCAGCAGAAACAGCUACAUGUGAAACACAGACAAAAAAAAAACCCGGACACUAUUUCAGAGGAGAAACAAAAUGGAUAAUCUCUCACGAAAUCUCCUGAAGACCUUUGCCCAAUGAAUGAGAUGACAUUUAACUCGUCCACCGGCAUUCCUAUCAACUGGCCUUCCUCACCCACCUUCUUGCCCUAACCCUAAGCCUUUCCCUGACCUCAAGUCGUGCCCAAACCUGGUUACCUGCUGAGCGUUUACACUGCCAUGGAUGCCCUAGCCGUCAGUGGAUUACAGCUCUCCCCAGUGAAAGACUUUGACCAAAUAGUGGAGAUCCGAGCAGAGAAACAUGCACACCUGAGAGGACGUAACAACGUGACUUCAUGUCGCAGCCCCACGAGAGAGUUUAACACAAAACUGAUAAAGAAUGAACUGAAGGAAAAAAGGCAUCAGGAGUUUCUGAGGAGAAGAUCAGUGAGUCCAGAGCCGUGUGGUGAGAGGACUACAAACCGUUUUUCGAAGACAAAACCUUCUUCAAAGACAUUUUCAAUGAAACAUCACAGUUCAGUAACAAAGUCACAGACAUUUCAUACAAAUACUCCCAGAGCUAAUGGACAUCCAAUGAUGAUUUUAACACCAAACAGCAGUACAAAUGAUGGCCCGAGCACCAGCAAAUGGGUUUGGUCAGAACAGGUAGCACCAACGAGGCAAGAGAAAGGCCAUGCAAGGAUGCAAGCAUCUAUCUCCACACAUCACUGGACUCCGAAUAGUGUCAAAGCUCAAAAGAUGAGCUUCAAAACAUUCAUCCAAACAGAAAACCAAAAGCUUCACAUCCAAUCUGAAAAUAUUCUCCCAAAAAAGAUACUGCGGGAGGCCAGCGUGCAGACAGAGUCUGGUCUUGUCACCGUUAAGGAGUCAGAUGUUCAGCGCCUAGCUGGCUUCUUGCAGGAGGCCCUGUGGAGAGAGGAGGCAGUGAAGAAGAAGCUGGCAGUUCUCCAGGAGAGCACGUCAAACCUCAUGAACUCCUCCAACAAAAUAUGGACAACUCACUGCAGUGAAGACCUGCUGAGAAACAAGAUCAAGGCUCUGGAGGCACAGCUGCAAGUCUGCCUGCAGAAGUUUCCCAAGGAUGGAGUGAAGAAACUGGUGCUACAGAUGGAGAAGCAGAAGCUGGUGUAUGAAGAGAAGGCACUGGUUUCCCUGCAGAAGGCCACACAGGAAAAAACAGAGGCGCUCACCAAGGCUGAGACGAUGCAGGAAGCGUUAAUUACAGCCAAGGCAGAAGCACUGAGAUGGCAGAGCCUUUAUGAGGAGCUGAAGCUGAGCUCUGGACAACUCCAGCAGAACCAGCUCCUCAGUAAUGAACAGCUGCAACAGCUGCACAGCCAAGUGGAGCUGUCCAGAGCCAGAGAGGCCGAGCUGAGGCAGGAGGUGGUGUCAUUAUCGCAAGAGAAGAGGGAGCUGCAGUACAACAUUUACCUGCUAAAAGAGGACAACCAGAUGUUAAGAGAGGAAAUCCAGCACCUUAGAGAUAAUAACAACAAGAGCCUGAACUCCACAACGCAGGGGCACCUGGCGUCAGAGGAACCAGAGCCACCAAUGACGGCGAGGAAAGACUCUCAGGUGGAGGAGCAGCUCCGUCACACUCAGGAGAAACUCCGACUCAAAGAGAGAGAGUGUGAGGAGCUGCAGACAGAGCUGCAUGCCAUGGAGCAGGAGUGUCAGUCCAGCCAGGCCCGGCUGUCGCAGUGCAGGGAUGAACUCCGGCAACUCAGCCACCGCCGCAGGACACCGGCGCCGUGUGGUUCCUGGUGGAAAGUGUGGAUGUUCUUCUUUCUACUCCUCGUUGUGGCGGAGGUUGCCAUGUUGUGGCUGUGGUAUCCUCCUUUCAGGGAGCAAGUUGAAGAUCUGUACUCAGACAUAGAGACACGCAUCGAAGACUAUCUCAUGGAAAUGGCUUCUCCUCAACACUCAGGCUGUUUUAGACCAAUAUGAUAAUGUUACUCUCAGGAAUGUUACUUGUGUUGCAUUUGUUUUUAAAGUAAGAUUUUUCUAGGUUUGUUGAUAUUUUUUUAGAUUUCAUGUAAUUUUAGACUCAAAGUGUGUGUGUGAGUUGAUGUGUAGGAUGUUCAAAUACAAGUGAAUGUAUGCAAUUAAAAUGUAUUUAAAGCACUAUCGGCUCACAAGAUGGCUGACGUUAAUGACUUUUGAUGAAACUGUGAGUCGAUAAUUAAAUUUAGGAGUAGAAAAAUAAAGAAGCAUCCUUUGUACUGUAAACAGCUUAUUUAGUCAAAGGCACCACGACAAAAGACAAAAGAUCACAGUUGUUCUUUCAGCCGCUGUGGUGAUGGAAGCAUUCAAUAAAACAGCCUUUAGAGUUUUCUAUUAUAAGAAAUAAAGAAACAUUGUAACAAA